AUGACCAACCUUCUCCAAACCCUAAUUCCUCCCCUCUUUUGCAUACCAUUCUUCCUAAUGCUAGCCAAAAAUGCUAUCUCACAAGAGACCCACUUCACCUUCACCUCCUUCGCCUCCGCCCCCACCGACCUAACCUACCAAGGCGACACCCACGUCCCCACCGGCGCCUCCUCCCUCCGCCUCACCAAAACCGACUCCCACGGCCUCCCACAGCCCCACAGCACCGGCCGCAUCUUGUACUCCAAAUCCUUCAAGUUGUGGGAACGUUCACUACUAAUUUCCUUCAACACCACCAUAGAAUUCACCGUCACACCCGCCAAAGCCCCAGCCGGCGACGGCCUCGCCUUCUUCAUGGCGCCCGCUGGGACCACCAUCCCAGAGGGCGCCUACGGAGGCGACUUUGGCCUAUUCGACGUUGCAGGCAAAAGCCCCCCCUUCUUCGCCGUUGAAUUCGACAUCUUCUCCAACCAGUGGGAUCCCAGCCAUAAACUCAGGCACAUCGGGAUCGAUAUCAAUUCUGUAAAAUCGGACGCCUUCGUGGAGUUCGGAGACUCCUGCGUUGGGAAGAAGGCGGAGCUGAACAUACGAUACGACGGCGUUGGCUUGAUUUAUGUUCAUCUCAAGUGCGAAAAAGAAACGCGUCUUCUUGAAUAUGAGUAUGAUUUGGGGACAUUGCUACCUCCGUUUGUUCAGGUCGGGAUCGCCUCUGCUACCGGAGACUGUGUUGCUCUUCACGACGUCGACUAUUGGAGUUUUAGAUCUGCCGAGCGUGCUGUGAUCGACGCCUCCAAAACUCGGAAGAUUGGUUGA